AUGUCGUUAAUGUGUAAUCAAAUAAACUGUUUAAUACCUAAUUAUAAAAUAUAUAAGUUUCAUUACGUUUUACUCCGUUUAAUUUUUGAUUAUGAUUUUUAUUAUAGAAUGUUUACUUCCUCUUGUUUACUGGUUAUUGGGCAUCAAUAG